GAUGUGGGCCUGAUUACAUAUGGAGGAUGGAAAGUGCACUAUAAAUUAUGCCAGCAAAGUUAUAAGCGUGCUUUCUUGAAUCGCAUCGCUUGAUGUCCUGAAGGUGAUCACCACUACACAAAGGUAGCCUUUGAUUUACACUGAGAUAUGCAAGUUUCUAGAUUUAUCUUUACAAAUUGUCUUUUAAACGUAUUUUUUUGUCCAUGAGCCUUCUAACAAACACAAAGUAUGUGAAAAAAUUGUAAGAAAUUAUAUAAUGAAUUAAUAUUAUAAAAAUUCGACAGUUCCACAGUCGUACAGAAACAUGGACUUGAUUUCUCUACUUCUCACAUUCGCCUGCAUGGUCACCGUAUCUUAUGUGAGUAUAUUUCUAAACAACGGUUGGGACUAGGUUUCUUACCUGAGUAUUUUACCAAAUAGUCGGUAGGUUGGUCGGUCGGCGUCAUGUAUUUCAACAAAAUAUAAUAAUUCGUUACAAAGAACUAUAAGCUAUUGAAUUAAGAUGACCUGUUUGACUAAAUCAGGCUUAACUUAUAAAUGUGUUUGAUCAACUGUUUCACUAAAUCAGGCCUAACUUAUGAAUGUGUUUGAUGACCUAUUUCACUAAAUCAGGCCUAACUUAUGAAUGUGUUUGAUGACCUGUUUGACUAAAUCAGGCUUAACUUAUAAAUGUGUUUGAUCAACUGUUUCACUAAAUCAGGCCUAACUUAUGAAUGUGUUUGAUGACCUAUUUCACUAAAUCAGGCCUAACUUAUGAAUGUGUUUGAUGAAUUGUUUCACUAAAUCAGGCCUAACUUAUGAAUGUGUUUGAUGACCUGUUUCACUAAAUCAGGCCUAACUUAUGAAUGUGUUUGAUGAAUUGUUUCACUAAAUCAGGCCUAACUUAUGAAUGUGUUUGAGUCUGGGGUUGAUGUUAGCCUCAGGAACAUUACAUCGUUGUGUUAAUAUUCAAUGAAGCGACACUGAAGAGACACAUACUUUCAUUGACAUUCCAAAGUUUGGCGUUUUAUCUGAACGAUAGGGCAAAACUCCAAACCUACAGAUCUUUGAUAACUAUCUCUCCAAACGACCCUUUCUCCAAAAUGAACCUUUCCCCAAAAUGAACCUUUCCCCAAAAUGAACCUUUCCCCAAAACGAACCAUUCCCCAAAAUGAACCUUUCCCCAAAAUGAACCUUUCCCCAAAAUGAACAUUUCCCCAAAAUGAACCUUUCGCCAAAAUGAACCUUUCCCCAAAAUGAACCUUUCCCCAAAACGAACCUUUCCCCAAAAUGAACCUAUCCCCAAAAUGAACCUUUCCCCAAAUGAACCUUUCCCCAAAUGACCUUUGCCUCUCACCGCCUCAUUACUUUACAAGCAAGAUGCAACAUUAAAAAACAACACACAAAGUAUGCAAUAAUUACUAGACCAGAAAUAAUUCUCACCAUUUUCAGACGAUUAGAUUUCCUUUUGGCCUGGCAAUACGCUCAAGUUAAAUGCACAAAUGAUUAUUUCAUGCGAUUUUAUUCAUUAUGUUAUUGUCACUUGACACACCAAAAAAUCUCUCAUUUGUAUUACUAGUUUGUUAUUAACGCAAUCUUUCAAUUCCCAUGACCCUAGGCCACUCUUGGUCACAUUUGUUCAUAUAACUCCGAGUGUGACCAGGGAGAGUGUUGUCAGAUCCUGAGUGCCGUCAUGGUCGUCAGCAAGAAACGACAACUGGACUGGAUGACCACGACACCUGGAGGCAAGUCUGUGAGACUAAUGAAUUUAAGAUACUUUUGAAUUUAUGAUAGUAGUGAGUUUAUGAUACUUUUGAAAUUAUGAUAAUAGUGAAUAUAUGAUACUUUUGUGAAUUAUUAUAGUAGUGAAAUUAUGAUACUUUUGAAUUUAUGAAAGUAGUGAAUUUAGGAUUCUUUUGAAUUUAUGAUAGUAGUCAAUUUUUGAUACGUUUGAAUCUACGAUACUAGUGAAUCUAUGAAACGAUUGAAUUUAUUGUUCUAGUGAAUCAAUGAUACUUUUGAAUAUAUGCUACUAGUAAAUCUAUGAUACUUAAUCUAUGAUACUUAAUCUAUGAUACGUGUGCAUCUAUGCGACUAGUGAAUAUAUGAAAAUUUUGAAUAUAUGCCACUAGAAAAUCAAUAAUGCUAUCAACUAUGGUACUUCAAAUCUAUGAUACCAGUGAAUCCGUGACACUAGUGAAUUCAUUAUGCGCUUGAAUUUAUGAUACUAGUGAAUCUAUGAAACUCCUGAAUCUAUGAUACUAAGGAAUUUAUGAUACUUUUGAAUUGAUGAUACUAUUCAAUUUAUGAUUCUAUUGAAUUAAUGAUACUAGUGAAUCUAUGAUACUUUUGAAUAUAUGCUACUUAUGAAUUUAUGCUAUAAGUAAAUAUUUUACUAGUAAACCUAUGAUACCAGUGAAUCUGUUACACUACUUAAUCUAAGAAACUAAUGAAUUUAUGAUUCGGGUGAAUCUAUUUCUUAGUGAAUGUAUGACACUAGUAAUUGUAUGCUAAUAGUGUUUUAAUGUAGUGCGUGGAGCCCUCAUGUAAAUGGCGCGUUCAAAUAUCGGAAACUUUAGUUAAGAAAUCAAACAUGUUAUUGCAACGCAGCUUCUAAUGAUGGCUACGAUUUCAAGAAGCGAAUCAGGUGACAAACCAGUGCGCUAAUUGUUGUAAGUAAACACGCUGAUAUCUUUCAUUUGUUGAGCAGGCACUGUGGGCAGUUGUCAACUGUACCAAACUGAAGGAAGUUCAUGUCACCCUCUGGACGUACUUAACGGCUACUGCAGUUGUGAGCCCGGGACCCAGUGCACCGAGGUGGAGGAGCCUACGACUACCACCACCACCACCACCACCACCACACCUGAGCCAUCCGACUGCUCAGAUCCCAAUGGACCCACCACGCCCUCUAUCGCCAAGCGUACACCAGGCAGACCUGGUUAUCAGUGGCUUUGCACGGCUUGAAACUAGCACACGGCACAGAGACUUGGCGGAUUGUAGAGCAACAUAAACAUUAAACACUAGCUGUUGAAAGUAUAGCCAGACUCAUCUAAUCAUUAAGCCAUACCUGUUGAAAGUGUAGCUGUUAAAGUAAAGCUGUUUUAAGUAUAGGUGUUUUAAGUAUAGUUUUUAAAUUAUAGCUGUUUAAAGUAUACUUGUUUAAAUUAUAGCUGUUUAACAGUAAACAGACCCAUUAAAGCAUUAAACUUAAGC